AUGGCAGCAGAGACAGCCCGAAUCCGAUGGCCACGCAUCGUACAAGACAUGAUAGACGAUGUUGAAUCCACCAUACGUGACCAAGAUCACUCUUUGGUCGUCGCAGAGGACGGCACUAAAAUCGCCAGACGGCUGACAGAUCUGAAAAGGGACAUCAUUGACGACAAGCCUCUGACCACGUUGCCGAGUCAAGCCAGUCCAGACUUUCAGUGGGUGAAUGACCGCAUCGAGGAAUCGAAUAGCUGGAGCUGGUUAGACUCGCCCUGGCUGUUCACCGAAUGCUACAUGUACAGUCGAGUCCGGUCGAUCUUCCUCGAAUCCAGUAGUUGGAAGACCUACGAUGUCUUUGAGCGGCAGAAAAAGUCCACGUUCAUCAACUCCCAGGUGGCGGUCCAGGAGCUCGCUCUACGAUACAUUGACACUGUAUCCGAGCUCGCAGACAGUCGAAUGACUCCGGAACAGCAGUCCGCACUGUUCCUCGAGAUGGCCCAGGUGGCUUUGUGGGGCAAUGCGACGGACCUAUCAAUGCUCACUCAUCUUUCGAUCGAAGACCUUCAAUCGUUGCAAGGCCGGGAAACCAUCCAGAAACAGCAACGCAACAUCGUCGACAAUGACUUGCCCCAAGUCUGGGCAUAUCUGACAUCUGCCGAGUUUACUUCAGGCGAGCGAAUGAUUGAUAUAGUCCUCGACAACUCCGGAUUUGAGCUGUUCACAGAUAUGGUGUUUGCUGCAUAUCUGUUGGAGUUCAACAUCGCGAAACGAAUUCGCUUCCACGUAAAGGACUUCCCAUGGUUCGUCAGCGACGCAAUGACGUCUGAUGUCCAGUGGUUGCUGGAAGCUCUGAAGUCCACGCAAUAUUUCGCCAACCGCGCAUGCAUGGACGCUUUGUCUUCUCGAUUGGAAGGGCUCUUCGAGGACGGCAAGAUCGAAAUCGCAUCGCAUUGGUUCUGGACGGCUGGCAGUUCUUAUCAUGAGAUGCAUGAACGCGCGCCGGAAUUGGUGGCCGAUCUCAAGAGCCGAGACCUUGUAAUUUUCAAGGGAGAUCUCCACUACAGGAAGCUGACCAACGAUGGACUAUGGCCGCACUUGACGAGUUUCAAACGCGCUCUGGGUCCGUUGGUGCGGCAAGGUGGUCCGAGGAUUCUCUCUCUGAGAACCAAUAAGGCCGAUGUUUGCGUGGGUCUCGAGUCAGAAGAGCAGCUCAAAGAGCUUGAGGCUGAGUGUCCGAACGGCGGCUGGGUGCGCAAUGGCAAAUACGCAGUCGCCUCGUUCACUAAGGGGGACUGA